AUGCGACUCUUUGCGUGGAUACAAGCCACCUUCCACAUCUUCGAUGUCGUCAAUGCAUCUACGAGCGUCGCUUGGUCGAAUCUCACUUCACAAGGACUCGAAUUCUCAGAGGCCGACCGCGAUAACCUGGAUUGUGCACACAAUCCCUAUUGUAACUUCAAUGAAGAUCAGGGUGCGCACGAGUGGAUAAGUGGUUGUCCAGGCCUCCCCAGGAUCACCGAAGAGCUUUGGAGAAGACAUAGGCACGUCGACGCGAAGUUUCUGAGGAAACACUUCCGGACUUACAAGAGACUACAGGGGAGCAAAUAUAAGCUUGCUUCCGACGAAUUGACUUUUCCCGCAUACAUGGCGAAGCGAUACGCCCCCAGCGUACCACCUAGUAGUAUGCUCUGCGAUGGCCUCAGCAUGUGCACGUCCCCGAGUUGCCACGAUAUCGGUAUGAACAACACUGCCGAUGAAAGACGGGCAGCCAUGUUGUUCUUCGAAUUCGUUUCUGGACUCGAUCAUUCGUUUCACAUCAGAAGCGAAGCGACCCAGGAUCACUAUAGGCACAUUGUUGAAGACUUGGAUCGGCUCACAGCAAUUUUCACGUAUGCCGAUGAGCAGCAGGACGCAGCAGUCAAGAAGGAGGAGAAAAAGCAAAAACGCAUACAACAAAUGGAACUGGCUUUUGGCAUCAUCACAGCUGUCUUCGGACUGUUUACCACGGCUGCCAACAUCCUGAACUAUAGGCCAGGAACUCUUACAGCUAUGUUUAACAAGUUCCCUAGAGCACAAAGUCUUGCCAACAAAUGGCAGCGGGGUCUAAGUGCAAUGAGUAAGAAAUUCCCAAACGCUAGCAGGCUUGCAAAAUUUGCGAGCCGCAGGAAACCCGGCGAUGGCCUACUUCGCGAAAAGUCAAUCGAAAACUCACAGAAGCUGUGGACAAUUACCAGCGGAGGCUGGCUAGGUAUGCAAGGUUUGACCAAGGAAGUGGUCAAAGAGAUCAACCACAAGAAAGAUCUCCACGGGUUCGAAAAGACUCUGGAUUCUGUACGUGCGGCUUUGGUUCAGCUCGACACCUUUGCAGUUGACGAAGCGCUGGAAGGGAUGGCACUCCUCUCCUUGGGCUACGAAACGCAUAAUGGUCAUAAUAUCGUCGAUCUAUUUGAAAAAGACUUUUUUUUUGGUGCCAACGUUUACUUUCGGGCCUGGAUUCAAUAUGUAAUUGAGAUGAAGUCCUACGCUACCAUAAUAAGCGCCCUUUGGAGGACUGAGGGCGUAUACAUCGUUGAGAGUCUUACUCCUUCUGGUCAAAACUGCGACCAAGACAACCGGGGACCAAGAUCCAACAAAGUGUGCCUUGAAGAACGUCCCAACAGAUCAUACUGGACUUACGCAAUGUCCAACUACGACGAUAAGAAAACACGAAGUCCUCCAGGGUGGGAAUUUCUCACAAGCGAAGAAGGUUUUCAUGGUCUCUACGAGACUGACGUAGUUAGAUCUGCACUUUGGAGAGGGGAGGUAUGGUACCCGCAUCGUGACAAGCAAGAGGAACUCAGAUGCCGCGACGAGCCUACAGCUCCUGAACCGCCGGAGGUAUAUGCUGAAGGGGUGAAUGCCACGGGCCCGUCUGAGUUGAAUCCCACGAAUGAACUUGCUCCAGGAGCGAUACCACAUCUGACGGAUUACGGCAACGUUCCCGAUGGCUUUGACAUUCCGAUAUGUCACAGCUGGCUAGGCGAGGCAAUCUCCGACGUGAACAGCACGAAGAACAACAACGCUCCUUGCCAAUGCGAUGGUCCCAACUCGACAGAUGCAACAUCCUGGGACCAACCUACCAACUGGACCUUCGCAUACACAAAGAAGUUCAUCAAGGACGGCGGGCUGUAUAACUUUGACAACUUCGGGAAGAAGUGCAAAAGCUGCGACAAGUCGGGCACGAGUUGGAAGGCGUUACUGAGACUUGAUGAAGAAGAGAAGCCAGCGAAGCACAUGAAGGAGGCUUGGAACGGCGGCUGCUCGACCAAACCGCACAAGUCUCACCCGCUAGGGCAACCGCAGCUCAGCGAUCCGCCAGAGACAAGUUCAUCAGCUUCAUCUACACCCAACUCUUGCACCCCAACACCCACCCGAGAGCCCAUCGUCCAAGCUACAUCUGAAUUCGUCGCUCACGAAACACGAUACCCAAAGAAUACUCCCAAGAACAUAACGCGACAGGGCGAGUGCAACGGACCAUACUGCAUCGUCGACACCGUUUACGUGAUCCACGAGCAGAACUAUGGAUACAACGUUGACUCGUCCGUCCGAACCAGCGAACACGGCUGUUACGCUGGUGAUGACUGGUGUUUCGAGCAAUCAGCGCAUGACAUCUGCGAGUACCCUGAUGAGGACGAGAUCACAGAUGAGAACGAAGAAGAGGAGGAAGAAGAGGUAGGCGAAGACGAGGAUGAAUACGCCGACUUCAUUCAAGACGACAAACCUCAAAACAGCACCAUCCCAGGCGACAAAGGCCCAGAUGGCAAGAUCUCAGGUGAUGAGACAACAAAAGACAAGGAACCCACUCCCGAAAGAGACGAGAAUAUGAAGAAAUUCGAAGAGGAACACAAUCGCAAGAAUCAGCGACAGGUUUGCUUCUGCGGUGGGAAUGGUAAAGCAGGUCAACACGGCAUCUCGUGCUACGAUAAGGGCGUCACGUCUCGGACGACGACCGUCAAGGGCAGGAUGAAGCAGACACACACACCAGGCAAUUCUGCAACUGGUGCUCCAAACGCUUCUGGUGGCGAAGCCAUACCUACGACCCAAGCAGCUCUUCGCAUUAAGACUGUGUACGAUGAUGGUGGUGAGGCCGCACCCACGACGCAGCCUACCCUUCGGAUCAAGACUGUGUACGAAACCAUGAAAUGA